AUGUCUGGCCGAGGGAAGCAGAGUGGCAAGGCGCGUGCCAAGGCGAGGACCCGCUCCUCCCGGGCCGGGCUGCAGUUCCCCGUGGGCCGCGUCCACCGCCUGCUGCGCAAGGGCAACUAUGCAGACCGGGUGGGCGCCGGCGCCCCGGUGUACCUAGCGGCCGUGCUCGAGUACCUGACGGCCGAGAUCCUGGAGCUGGCGGGCAACGCGGCGCGCGACAACAAGAAGACGCGCAUCAUCCCGCGCCACCUGCAGCUGGCCAUCCGCAACGACGAGGAGCUCAACAAGCUCUUGGGUGGGGUGACGAUCGCGCAGGGCGGCGUGCUGCCCAACAUCCAGGCCGUGCUGCUGCCCAAGAAGACAGAGAGCCACCGCCACAAGGCGCAGAGCGUGUGA